UCUGCGUUCCUCCGUCUGAACUCAUGAAAAGAACCGAGCGAUCCGUGUGUGUCAGUGAUUUCGUACCGGGCAGAACCGAGCAGAACCGGGCUUCCCAUGCUGGAUCUGCGUGAAACAUGGCGGAGUUGAGCGCGGUGCGACAAGAACUUGUAACAGAAUCGAGCAGUUUCAUCAUCGGGGAGCUUCAGUCACCACAGGAGGAUGAGCAGAAACUGCCCGUGCCAUUCUGUGGAGGGAUCCGUGGAGGACUGAGACCUGGCAAGAAGAUCACCAUCAUGGGUGUUGUGAAUGCAGGCCGGAAAGUUUGACAUCAUAGUCUGACGUGCGGCUGUGCUGACGUGGCUCUCGAUAUGUGCGUGCGCUUCGAGGAUCGGGAGAUCCUGCGAAACGCCUGUGUAUCUGACCACUGGGGUGAAGAGGAGAGAUCGAUCAUAUUUCCCUUCAUCACAGAGCAGCCUUCAGGGUCAGUUGAGAUCCACUGUGAGCAUCCGCGUUUCCGUGUGCUUGUAGACGGUCAUCAGCUCUUCGACUUUUACCACCGCGUGAUGCCGCUGAACGCCCUCGACACCAUCCAGAUCAGCGGCAGCUUGACCAUCACAAACUUAACUGAUCUCCAGCAAUACAGUCUCUAAACCAGCAAGAACAUUCAUCCAGAUUGAACCCCAGAACCAUCAACAUGGAGCUCUUCAAUCAGCCGUGAGGAGGCUUUCGUUUUUAUGAGCAUCUCAUUCUUAAUAUAUUAGCUGGAGUCAGUUCAUAAUGCACUGAAAAAUUCAACAUUUAAAAUAACUUUACUAUAAAGGUUGAGUUGUUUUACUCUUAAAGGGACAGUUCACUCAAUAAUGAAAAUGUUGGGGGGAAAACAUCCUUUGACUUCUAUAGUGUUUUUGUUCCUACAUUCAUUAAUUUUCUUUUGGCUUAGUCUCUGAUUUAUCAGGGGGUCGCCACAGCAGAAUGAACCGCCAACUGUUCCAGCAUAUGUUUUACGCAGAGGAUGCCCUUCCAGCCGCAACCCAGUACUGGGAAACACCCAUACACUCUCACAUUGAUACACACUCCUACACUACGGCCAAUUUAGUUUAUUCAAUUCACCUACACCACAUGUCUUUGGACUUGUGGGUGAAACCGGAGCACCCGGAGGAAACCCACGAGAACACAGAGAGAACAUGCAAACUCCACACAGAAAUGCCAACUAACCCAGCCGGGACUCGAACCAGAGAUCUUCUUGCUGUAAGGCGACUUACCACUGAGCCAUCAUGCUGCCUUUGUUCCUACACUGUUAAUUAAAAAAAAGUUGACUCAACUUAAAAUUGUAAAGCAACUUGAUGAAGACUAGUUGACUCAACUUAAAUCGAGUCAGGUGCGGUACUUGGGUUAAAAAUUGAGUCGACUCAACAAAAGCUGCUUUUCGACUCACAAUUUUAAGUUUAAUCAACUUUUCACAUUUUUUUACAGUGUAUAUGAAUGUUUUCCCCCCAAUAUUCUUCAGAAAAUCUUUUUUUUUGUGUUCAACAAAGAGUUGAAGCUUUAAAACCACUUUAAAUGUGAGGAAAUGAUGUGGAAUUUAGCAUUUUUGGUGAACUGUCUAUUUACAGUAGAAACAAUAAGCAAUGCAUUUGUUACAGUGUGUAAUACAUUCAUUCAUUCAUUUUCUUUUCAGUCACCCUUUAUUAAUCAGGGGUUGCCACCAGGGCCGGAUUAACCAAUGCGUAUUAUGAGCACAGGCCCCAGCGGGCCCGUACACACUUGGGGCCCCUGCAAGGGGGGAAAUGCAGAUUUUGGAGUGUCUAUUUAGGCUAAGUGCAAAAGCGCACCUCGUUGGAAUAAGCUAGUUGAGGCAUUCCUGCCCAUCACAUAACUAAAGAGCAUGAUUAAAAGCAGUGUGAGUGGCGUAGCUCGUACAACCCAUGGCAUUAGGUUUUGACGCGAUCGAUCAUGAUCCGAUUCGAAUCCAGCGUCUGAUGAACACGUUCUUCUUUUUUACCCACUACAUAUCAGAUUUUGCCUACUGUUCAUCAUGAGGAAGACAAGUAGGAAUCAUCAAUUAGUGUGUGUAUUAUGGAGGACUCAGAUUUAUAGAACUGGAUUGGAGAGGUGUUAUAUCCAAAUCAUAUGCAUUAUAAGUUUGUAGAAGUUAUACAUAAAAAUACCCUUAAAUAUAUCUUUUUUUAGUACUGCUUCAGUGAACUUGAACAAGUAUAUUAAAGUCCAUUCAUUUCACUAGUUGUAUUAGUAUUAUUUUUUUCAAAGUGUGCUUUAAAAUGCUUUAUAAAUAAGUUAAAUCUUUUGUAGACUAUAUAUGUACUGAUGUACUGUAUAUCAUUUAUUUUUUAAAUGCGGACAAUACAUUAUAGAUUCAUUUUAUUAAAAAUAAUAUUAUUUUAAUCUUUUUCCCAGUGAUGGGUUGCAGCUGGAAGGGCAUCCGCUGCGUAAAAACAUGCUAUAUAAGUUGGCAGUUCAUUCUGCUGUGGCGACCCCAGAUUAAUAAGGGACUAAGCUGAAAAGAAAAUGAAUGAAUGAUUGAAUAUAUUAAUCUUAUUUUUUAAUACAACUAUAGGGGUGCGGCCAGGUAGGGGGCCUACAAGACAUUGUGCCCAGGGGCCUCUGAAUUCUUAAUCUGGGCCUGGUUGCCACAGCGGAAUAAUUGUAAUGAUGCAAUAACUAGUUAAAAAAUAUGAAUUUUUAAAAAAAAAUAGCUUUUUUCCACCAGCAUCUAUUUAAAAUAAAGCACUGCCAGCAUUUUUGAUGAGCUGGGAUUCGAACUCGGGACGCCCUGACAUGCUACUGCACCAUAUGUCAGCGCACUAACCACUAGGCUAUUGCGCCGACUGCAUUUUUGAUGAUUUUGAUCUUGAAUUUGACGGCCCUCAGAAUAUUUUCUGCUAUAAAUAUAAGACAAUAUUAUUAUAUCAGAACUAUUCGCCCUCCUGUGAGUUUUUUGUUUCCUUUUUCAAAUAUUUCACAAAAUUGUUUUCCAGAUUCAGGAAUUUUUCACAGUAUUUCCUAUAAUAUUUUUUCUUCUGGAGAAAGUCUUAUUUGUUUUAUUUUGACUAAAAUAAAAGCAGUUUUAAAUUUUUUAGCUAAAUAUCUUAGUAGCCCCCCUAAGGGGUUAAUUAGUUUCGAUUACAGAACAAACCACUGUUAUACAAUGACUUGCCUAAUUUAACCUAAUUAACCUAGUUAAGCCUUUAAAUGUCACUUUAAGCUGAAUACUAAUGUCUUGAAUACUAAUAUCUUGUAAAAUAUUAUUUACUGUCAUCAUGACAAAGAUAAAAUAAAUCAGUUACUAGAAAUGAGUUAUUAAAACUAUUGUGUUUAGAAAUGUGCUGAGAAAAUCUUCUGUCCAUUAAACAGAAAUUGGGGGAAAAUAUAUAAGAAUUCAAACUUAACAGGAUGGCUAAUAAUUCUGACUUCUACUGUAUAUAUCAAAAUAAAGAACAGCAGCAUUUUAUUAUAUCUUCAUGAGAUGUUUUAGCGUCACUUGAGUGGAGAGAGGUUUCAUAAAAAAUGAAAAAUGAAACUUAACUACUUAACAAAUGCAAGCUUAUUGUUAAAUGUUCAAUUAACUUACCUGCUUAAUUACUGUUUAUUGUGUUCAUUUUUAGAGGAAUUAUAUUUGAAUUAAAGCAUAAACAAAUAUGUCAACAAAUCAAGCACAAUAUUGCACUGAGAAAGGCCAGUCUUGAUACCAACCUUAUGGUGCAGAAAUGAAGAUAUAAGAAACAUAUUGCAGUACAUAGUGAAGUCUUAAUAUAAAAGCACAACAAACAACUGAGCAAUUAAGCGCAUUAAAGAGAUUUAUUUAUUUUCUAGACACGUGUUGAUGAACUAAACAGGGUGAUUUUGAGAUUUUGCGAGUGUUUUAUGAGAAUAUUAUAAUUCCAUUGACGUGCACUUAUAGCUAAGCAAGUGCAUCUUCGAGGAAAUCCAUUUAGGUGCUUCUGUUUCCUCCAGACCAGCAUGAAAUCAGGGAGAAAUCAUCGCAUUCCAGCGCUUUAUGUGUGUGUAUUUAUGAGUCGCAGUGUGUCAUGUUAACAUAAUUCAUGUCCUAAUUAAUUAAUAAAGGCUUCUAAUGAGUGA